UUUGCAUUUAGUAUUCCCUUUUGUUGAAUGAACUUAGAUCUCAAAAUUUCUAAUAAAAUGAAGUCAUUCCAAUUAGCCAACGAGUCUUCUCCCCUUUCUGUAACUCCCAACAAUUUCAUCCUCCCAGAAAGCAAAAGACCAAACCAUUCAGAGGUUAAAUCUCUAGACUCAAUCCCCAUAAUUGAUUUGAGUUACUCUCAUGACAACAACCCUCCAUCCUUGGAAGUUAUUCACAAGAUUUCAAAGGCUUGUGAGGAAUUUGGUUUCUUUCAAGUUGUGAACCAUGGUGUUCCUGAACAGGUUUGCCAUAAAAUGAUGAAAGCCAUUACUAACCUUUUUGAACUGCCGUCAGAGGAAAGAGAGAGUCUCUAUUCAACCGAUCAUACCAAGAGUGUAAGAUUUCUCAAUUAUUAUCUUAAAGUGGAAGGUGGAGAAAAAAUCAAGUGCUGGAGUGAAUGUUUCAGUCAUCCAUGGUAUCCUAUUGAUGAUACCAUUUCUCUUCUACCAGAAAAAAUUAGAACUCAAUACAGAGAGGCUUUCACUGAAUAUGCAAAGGAAAUAGGUUCAUUGGUGAGAAGACUUUUAGGUUUGAUAUCAAUAGGGCUUGGCUUAGAGGAGGAUUGUUUGUUGAAGAAGUUAGGUGAGCAGCCUAGACAAAGAGCACAAGCAAAUUUCUAUCCACCAUGUCCAGAUCCAGAGUUAACCAUGGGUCUAACUGAGCAUACUGAUCUCAAUGCUCUCACUGUACUUUUGCAAUCAGAAGUUUCCGGUCUUCAAGUUAACAAAGAUGGGAAAUGGAUUUCUGUACCUUUUGUUCCCAAUGCUUUUGUCAUCAAUCUAGCUGAUCAAAUUCAGGUUCUAAGCAACGGAAGAUACAAAAGUGUACUUCAUAGGGCUGUUACGAAUAAUGUGAGUCAACGAGUGUCUAUGGCGAUGUUUUAUGGACCAAGCGUAGACAAUACUGUUGGUCCAAUUCAAGUUUUGAUAGAUGAAGAACACCCUCCUAAGUAUCGAAAUUAUCGUUUCUCGGAGUUUCUUGAAGAAUUCUUCAAGCAAGAAGGAAGAAGGAGGAUGGUGAAGGAAGCCUUUGAAUUGCCAAAUGAAAAUUAAUGAAGGAGUUUAAUUUGUAUACAUUAAUUAUGAAAAUAAGUUUACACAUAUAUAUUCAAUUAAAUGGUUGAACUGGAAUGUUGUAUCGUUAGUUCAAUGAAAGUCUUACCCAUGAGAUGGGAUGUAAGGAAUUGUUGAGUUAUUAACUAAAUAAAAUUAUUGUUAUCUUCACCAAACAAAAGUGGUUAAGUAUAUUGAGGAAAACUUUACCCA